AAACAGGUUUUUGUUUGUGUGUGUGUGUGUGUUUGAAAUGGGUGUAGUUUUUUUUUUAUGCGUAUUAUUUUUCAUUAAUCAAAUAGAAUCAUGGAUCUCAACUUUUUUACUGAUUUGCAGAACUCGCUUGAACAAGAAACGAAUAGAAAAGAUGAAAUUCGUUCAACUGUCAAGGAACUUGAUCGUGCCUGCAGAAAACAAAACGCGACAUUGAAUCAAAUUCACGCUGAUCCUACAGGACCAGUUCCUGCUGUUGAUUUCAACGAGAUCAAGCAAACUUUACAUUCAUUGGCAGCAUUGAUUCCUGACAAUGAGUUUUACAAGUAUAACGAUUUGUGGUCCAGAUCCACACAACAGGCUGUAUUUUUGAUUAUUUUCCAAUCUUAUUUAACAAGAGGUGAAAUCAUAAACAUCAUUCCUGUUGUCGAAGAAACCUUGGGUGUCAAGGUGGAUAUUCAUAAUAAUUUGAACGAAUUUCAUAUUCAGCUUGAAGAUAUCCUCCAUGCCUACAUCUCCUUAAUUAGUGAAUUGUCUAGAUUAUCAGUCAAUGCUGUUACAGUGGGAGAUUAUGAAAGACCUCUUAUUAUUUCUAAGCACGUCAAAGAUCUCAGUGCUGGAUUUCAAGUAUUGAACUUGAAGAACGACAUGUUGCGUAAAAGAUUUGAUGGUAUCAAAUACGACGUAAAGAAAAUUGAAGAGGUUGUGUAUGACAUUACAUUGCGCGGAUUACAUCAAUCAAGCAAGAAGAGAGCCUUGGAUACCGGAGAGGACGAUGUAGAUCAAUCAAAGAUUAAAAAAACUGAAUAAACCUUUUCGGGGGUCAAAUUUGGUUUUAAAAAACCGACCUUUAAACCAAAUCCAAACACAAGGUUGGGG